AUGUCAAUGCUCCAUAUGUCACAGGCAGGAUCCUCGUAUCAACUUGAUAUACAUAUAUAUGAUGCGUAUUUUGGAUAUGAUUGGAAUAUGUUGUUGUUGUUGUCUUUGGAAAUGGAUGUUUAUUUACAGGGAGUUAAUAUUUAUGUUGGUAAGAAGUUGUCUUCAAUACUUGAAGAUGAUGACUUUGUCCUCCAAGGAAACCACUCUGCUCGGAAGUUGCUUGAAAAGUUGGAUGAUUAUCUGUGUGAUGUUGAACCUGUGCUUGAUGAUGCUGAGCUGAAGCAGUUCGGUAACGAUAGAGUGAAGAAGUGGCUUGUUGAUCUCCAAGAUGCUCUCUAUAUGGCUGAUGACUUUCUCGAUGAACUCUCCACUAAAGCUGCCACGGCCACUCCAAGGGAUCCAGGUAACUCUUCUCCCUGGUCUCACUCUGUUGAUUCAACUAUUGAAGAUAAUGGUGUCAAUGUCAUCGAAAAAAUAGUUGGCACACUAGAGUUUCUUGUAGGGCGAAAAGAUAAACUUGGUCUGAUAAACAGUGCCAAGUUGGACACAUCAUGGAGAAUCCCAUCCACAUCUCUUGUUGUGAGUUCUGACAUAUUUGGUCGCGACGAAGACAAGGAGAACAUAAUCAAAUUGCUGUUAGAUGAUACCUAUGAUGCCGAAUCACCUGUGACUGUGAUCCCCAUCGUGGGUAUGGGUGGAAUAGGAAAAACUACUUUGGCUCAACUGGUUUACAAUGAUACCAAAGUCGUGGCAAAAUUUGAGACUAGAGCAUGGGUGUAUGUUGCUGAAAAUUCUGACCCUGAUAAUGUUACAAGGACAAUAGCAGGGGAAAUAGAUUUUCCUCCCUGUAACAUGGAUAACUUUGAUUCACUUCAGACUGAUUUGAAAAUGAAGUUGACAGGAAAGACAUUUUUAGUUGUUUUGGAUGAUGUCUGGCAUGAUCAACGAGAAACAUGGGAGGAUUUUCUGAAACCUUUUCGAUACGGGAGUAAUGGAAGUAAGAUUCUCCUUACAACUCGUAGUGAAAAGGUUGCUUCUGUGUUCGCAACUAACAAUCUACAUUAUCGACUAAGUUUAUUGUUGGAGGAAGAUUGUUGGUCGGUAUUUUUGAAGCAUUCAUCUAUUUCUACUAAUUCUAAACAAUAUACAACUCUAGAACCAAUUGGUAGAAAAAUUAUUGAAAAGUGUAAGGGGUUACCUUUAGCUGUGAAAACACUUGGAGGUUUAUUGCUCAAUAAGUAUUAUGAAGGGGACUGGGAAAAUAUAUUUGAAAGUGAAAUUUGGGAACUCUCGGAAAAUGAUAGUAAGAUUGUUCCUGCGUUAAGAGUUAGUUAUCACUACCUCCCUUCACAUUUAAAGAGGUGUUUUGUUUAUUGCUCGUUAUAUCCUGAGGAUUAUGAAUUUGACAAAGAUGAAUUAAUUCUAUUAUGGAUGACAGAAGAUCUUUUACAAGCAAAGGGAAACAACAGAUUAGAAAAUAUUGGUUGUGCAUAUUUUGAUGAAUUGGUUGCAAGGUCUUUUUUUCAACCUUCUAGUACCAAUAAAAAGUUAUUUGUAAUGCAUGAUCUCAUACAUGAUCUAGCAAUAUUUAUUGCUGGGAAAUUCCAUUUCCACCUCAAUGAAUGGGAAAAUCUACACAUGAUAGACAGCAAAACUCGUCAUCUGUUGGUUACUGAAUAUAAGGGUAGCUUCCACUUAUUUCAAGAAGCCUAUAAUAGAGCAGUACACAUGAGAACAUUUUUAGAUCUGUCUGUGUUUGACAGUUUUCAAUCAAUUGAUAUUGAAAGCAAUCCUUGGUUAUUACAACAACGAUUGAGAGUUUUGUCAUUUUAUUCAUUUACUAUAGAGUCAUUGCCCGAUUCAAUAGGUGAAUUGAUUCAUUUGCGUUAUUUGAAUCUCUCUCACACACCUAUUGUGGCAUUGUCUGAGUCAAUAUGUAAAUUAUACAAUCUCCAAACCUUGAAGUUGAGGAAUUGUACAAAACUAGAGAUGCUUCCGAGCUGCAUGCACGAUCUUGUGAACCUGCGCCACCUUGAUACUCGAGGUGCUUCUUGUCUGAAAGAGAUGCCGAAAAAAAUGAGCAAGUUAAAGCAUCUAAACUUCUUAAGCUACUAUAUAGUCGGCGCGCAAGAAGAGAAUGGGAUAAGAGAACUGGGUACGCUGGACAAUCUUGAUGGCUCAUUUUGCAUUUCCAAGUUGGAGAACGUCAAGAAUAGUGGUGAAGCUUUGGAGGCAAAAAUGGGUAACAAGAAGCACAUCACACUUUAA